AUGGAGAGAUCUAUAGAAGAGCAAGCGUACAAGACCACAGAUAUGGGUAAGACUCGCAAGGCCAUGAUGGCUUUCAUCGAUAGCAUUCCGGACUCCAAGCUAGAAGGCGGCUUCAAGAGCGAUACCAUCUACACUGACCUCAAGAACUUCCGACUCGACAACCAAGGUAUCACAACGGCCAGGGGCGACAAGCCGGCAUGUGUCAACCUCCAGAUGCAGGUAAACAAGCGACCCAAGAUCACAUCCCUUGCAGAUGCAGCGCCCUUCAGCGUUGCGCAUGUAGAGAUUCCAGUCGAGGAAUCCUGGUCCGCGGAGACGAUCAAGUCGGAGCUCAAGAAGAGCUGCAUUGCUCAUGGUGAUAAGACCGGCCACUUCUAG